CUAAUCUGAGCGCAUGGCGCCAUGAUACUUGUAGAGGGACGUUUCGCGCCCAUGGCCUGGGGGUUAAUAAUAAAUAACCGAUUCCAUCACAUGUACUUUACUUCUACGUGCUUUACUUCUAGUCCUUAGAAUCUAGGCAGCGCCUAUGACAGGCGACGUAGAUCUUGAUAGUGUCGCAUAUGCGGCUAGCAUUUCUUUGAAGUAUCGUCUUCGAACUACGAAUUCGUGCAGAUUUCUGAAACGUUUCAAAAAGAAAGAAAAAGUCAAAGAUUAAAAGUAAGCUCGACAGGAUCCGUUGUAUUGACACUGACAAUCAGUUGACUAUAGUUGGAUAUCAUAUGUUUUUGUUAAGGUUAAGUGUAAGACGUUUUCUUUUAUACCACUUUCCUUGGGUGCGAAACGAAUAUCUAGUGGUUAUAAUUUGUGUGUUAGUGCAUGCUGUGUAAUUUUCUUGGAGUUUGCUUGGAUUUAUCUUCUAACGCUGUGAAAUGCUGACAAGCUGGCAACAUGCAUAUGACAGCAUAGUUGAUACGGACAUACGGUUUAGCACCUGUUCCGCUACGUUCAAUGCAACCAAGUGCCAGGGGGAACCCUCAGGUUCCCAGUCCUGGCUCAUUACGUCCAUUUACACCGCCGGAUCUUUCUUCUAUACCUCAUAUGGACAGUACACCCCCACAAAACAGUGGUGUUCGUAACAGUUCAUCAUCUGUGACUGAUCGAACAAACGAUGGAAUCCAAGAACAAUCCGGGCCUUAUAUCAUUGGUAGUCCUAUCGACCUCGGUAACAUCGAUAAUGUCGAUAAUAUUGGCCUACAUAUAGAUUCCCUGGCGACUGGACAUCGAAGGACACGUGAACACAUCGAACUGCAAGAAGCUGGAGCGCACGAAACGAGUUCUGAAGGUAUAAUAUCAGUGGUGCGGAGCUACCUCCAACCCACCCCAGCGGAAGUGUCCUUGGCCUAUAGUCUACGAGCACCGAGGUUGUUUAUUGAUGCAACCUUACAUAUCUCCGUAUUCAUGGAAAAUGCUGGUGGAGUACAGCACGGUGCUGACGCCAACUUGUUGCCGGUAGCAGGCGCAUGCGUUUUUGGGGUAACACGUGUACAGGGCUGUCACAUUUUGCGGGCACCCUCUUGAUAGUAGUGUACUAAACCAUUUAGGAACCUGUGUUUUUAGUAAUCCAAGUAACAACUUUUGGUAUUAUAUUAUAUUAUACAUUAGAAAUAUCAUAUAGAUGUAAAAUAUUAUAUAGGUAUAUUCAUUUAUUAAAUUAUAUUCCUAUUCGAAAUUAUUCUUUUUUUAAUUAUAUUAAUAUUUGUUGUGCUUUCUCAUUUAUUUUCAAAUAUUAUGAACAAAAUUUGAAUAUUAAUGCAAUCCAAAUAUCUAGCACAUAUAAAUUAUUCAAUCGUCGACAAUCUAGUGGACUAUAUAUACCGCGGUAGAAAAGCCGAUGAUGAUCAGUGCCACCUACGAAGUAAAUUCAGUUCUCCCGUGUAAAUUCGCAGGCGCGAUGUGGUUACGGAAAUUCUUGAUUCGAGAAUUUUUAUGAAGUAUUUUUGGUUUUAAAUUAUAAUCUUAUGUAGAUUAAUUUAUAAGCUUAUGUUAUACAUUCGCGUUUCCAUUAGAUCGGUAGGGGUGUGGCGGUAAGCGCGAGGCUUCUGUCACGAUGACGCAGAUAUGUAGUUUGUUUAACCGAUCGUUAUUUCGAGUAGAAAAGUGUUCGAUCAGUAAAGAAAUCCAAAAUAUUAAUAGUUUUAUAACCUAUGAAUAUUACAUUAUCAUUAAUGGAAUAUCAGACAUGUUAGAUUUCGUUCAUAAUAGUAUUUUAUUACGCGUUAAAUAUGAUUCGAAGUGCCAAAGACAAGUAAAGUGAAAGACAUUUCAUUUAAUAAA